GUGCGAGAAACGACCGAGUGAAGAGCGAAGGCGACGUCCUAAUCGGUCGUGAGUCCUACGUUCAGGGUGUUCAUGGCCGUUGGCGUAGAGUAGGCAGCCCUCGCUCUGAGCCGGCCUGCCGUCCGUGAAAAUGGUGGAUCUUGGAGGCUACGUGAUUAUCCUAGUCGAAACCAAAGACCAUAAGAUCAGGCUCUUCGGAUCGCCGGCGGACAGGGCCGACCUCGAAGUCGGGGAUGAGAUCCUCGAAGUGAAUGGGAAAAGCCUCGAGAAUUUAAGUCACAAGGAAGUUAUCUCGCACAUACACCAAUGCAUACGCUCGAGAACGAUAUGUCUUCGCGUCAAACGGAAAACUGGCGCAAAGUUUGCCGUGGACCUCGCACAGGACUGCGUCCAGGAUGCUUUUGUGAUUGCGGUGGAACAACAAGCAAGGGAUCGGCUGGAGCGGCUGACAGCUCUGAACAAAAUCACUCCGAUUGAUAUGACGAAGCUCUCCCAGGAGUUAGAUCAACAGUGCGAGCUCCAGAGUCCAGGUGGGCAGCAAGAUCCGAUUUACAUCACAUCCGUUAAAACCUCGCAACUGCACGAAGUGGCGUGCAAAUCGCCCAAGUCACCGCUGCAAUCGCAGGGCAAUCUUACAACAACACCUCGCACUCCGCACCGGGAAUCCCAAGCCGGCUACGGGUCGGGCCACUUUGAUUUCAGCAUAAAAAACACCUCCGCACAACAAUCGGUUCAAGGGAUCCCUUCGAUAACGUCGUCCCCUCGAACAGGCCGAAGGAGCCUAACGCCCUCUGAGAAGAGGGUUUCAUUGCCACAGAACACUUGCACCUCUACUCAGGAUCUCCAGGAGAAUACGGAUCCUGCAUUGAAUAAACAAAGGAGCCGAACAUCGAACAGGGGUAAUUCAGGGAAUUGGGAGUCGCUCGGUCGAAGUGCUUCCACCCGAAGCGAAGCCGGCUACGGGGCGCCAACCUACGGUCUCGGGGGAUAUGGAACACAGGCCAGUCUGAAAAGCGACCCCGGGGAAAAAACGCAGACACCCAUAUCGUCCCGCUGUACAUCUCAGCUCAAUAUGGCGGACACUCAAGUCCAAGCGCCGUCUCUACAGUCGCAAAGUCUGUCUCGUUGUUCUCUGAGAGACUCGAAAAGGCUACAGGCAUUAGAACAGAACCCACCGGCUAGAGGAGUUGUAAAUUCUGCAUUUGAGAAAGACGGAUCUGUCAUCCAGAAACCAAUUUCUCUCAGCGUACCUGAUCUACUGAAUGUGACGUAUGAUGCCAAUACACUUAUGGAAGCAGCGAGGAGGAUCGAGACCGCGGCUGCCUCAGAACCAGCCAUACCGACGGGUGGAGUACAAGAUCUGCAACGGCUGCAACAGCUGCUAGGAGACGACCAGUUCGCGAGGUGCCUCCACAUAGCUGCCCUGGUGAAGAAUAUUUGGUGCUCACAGAAUCCACCACCUAUUCCGCUAAGGUGCGAUGCGCAGGAACUAAGCGGAGAAGUCGCUCUCGUGGUUCAGAAUUUUCCCUUGGUGCCCGAAGCCAAUGAACUGCUCGCGAUUUUGGGCCGUUUCGACCUCGACGGAUUAUUACAAAGUCACGACGAAAUCGCAAGACUAUGCGGCGUUUACGAGCCCGUCGUGCCCGUCAUCCUCCCUCAUCAACAUUCGGUACGUUCUCCCGCGGCGUGACAGGAGAACCUCCGGAAAUUGCGGGAUCCGCAUGCCAUGUCCACGGAUGAUAUCAUCCCGGCCCCGGUGGAAGACCACGUGUUCUAUCAGCCCCCACCUCCGCACCAGAUGCUUCAAUGUACUUACGAUCAGAUGAAUGACGGUGCGCUACUUCAUCAGACGGAUAAUGUGAAACUCGUGAGCAUUGACAAAACGACUGAACCUCUUGGUGCGACGGUGCGAAACGAGGGAGAAAGCGUCAUCAUUGGUCGGAUCGUGAAGGGAGGGGCCGCCGAAAAAAGCGGAGUGCUGUACGAAGGAGACGAAAUUCUCGAAGUUAACGGCAUCGAAAUGCGUGGAAAAUCCGUCAAUCAAGUAUGUGACAUCCUCGCCAACAUGACUGGCACGCUCACGUUCUUGAUUGUGCCAAGCAGGCAGUACGUCGAGGAGAAACCCCCUGCACCUCAGCCGGUCAUGCAUGUAAAAGCGCACUUCGACUACGAUCCCGAAGACGACAUGUACAUCCCAUGCCGGGAGCUGGGCAUCUGCUUCCAGAAGGGCGAUAUCCUGCAUGUUAUCAAUCGUCAAGACUGCAAUUGGUGGCAAGCCUACCGCGACGGAGAUGAUGAGCAGAGUUUGGCUGGUCUCAUUCCGUCCAAGAGCUUCCAACAGCAGAGGGAAGCUCUCAAGCAAACGAUUGUGGAGAAUGAAAAAAGCAUUUCGACACCGGCGAACAAGAAGAAUCGUCUCCUGUGUGCAACCAGUGCCAAAAAUAGGAACACCAAGAACAAAAAGAAAGCCAAAGACAAGUCUCCCUCCGAAUCAGUAGAACCCGAUCAAUUAGAUCCAGACAUGGUCACGUAUGAAGAAGUGGCGCUUUAUUAUCCGAAAGCGAACAGGAAGCGGCCGAUUUUGUUGAUCGGGCCUUCAAACGUAGGACGUCACGAAUUGAGACAGAAACUCAUGGAGGACACUCUACGCUUCGCUGCAGCAGUACCCCACACUACUCGCCCGAAGAAAGACAAUGAGGCCAACGGCGUGGACUACAUCUUUAUAUCUCGAGCUCAAUUUGAAAACGAUAUAGCAGCGGGUCGCUUCGUGGAGCACGGCGAAUACGAGAAGCAGUACUACGGCACGAGCUUGCAAGCCAUCAGGACGGUCGUCAACUCCGGGAAGAUCUGUGUGCUCAAUCUACAUCCGGAAGCUCUAAGGGUACUAAAAAAAUCCGACCUGAAACCUUACGUGGUGUUCGUCGCACCGCCAUGCAUCGAAAAGUUGAGGCAGAAUCGCGCCAAAGUCGGUGCGAGCACGAAGCCCGAAGAUCUCAAAGAGAUCAUCGACCGUGCCCGCGAAAUUGAGGACAGGUUCGGAAAUUAUUUUGACAUGGUGCUCAUUAACAGCGACCCGGAGAAGGUCUAUGAGGAGCUCUUGAGAGAUAUCGCUGCUUUGGAGCGCGAGCCCCAAUGGGUGCCCGCGUCGUGGCUCGCGAACGAAUAAUGUGUCGUCCGAGAACAGGCUACGAGACGACGUACCUUCCGCGAAAUCGGCGUGCAGACGGUAGUCGCGGGAUAGAUAAUUUGACGAGAUAAAUGUUGAGAAGAUUCUAGUCGGAUAUACUCGAGCGACUUGAUUCUCUGCGCACUCGAAUCCUGGGAGAUAUUCAGGGAAGGGAA